AUUUCGCUAUUUCCCAGUGCGCGGCUGGUUUGGCCCCAGCCGUGCUUGUGCACCCAGAGGUCACCCACGUGCGUCCGGAGCCUGCAUGCAUCAUGUUGUAGAGAGUAUGGGGGCUAGGGUGACUCGGGCGCUCAGGAAUUUCAACUUGGAGAACCGAGCAGAGCGGGAAAUCAGCAAGGUGAAGCCUUCCAGGGCCCCGAGGCACCCGUCCACCCAGAGCGUCCUGCAGGAGCAGAUGAGCGGUCAUCCAGAAAUUAAGAGAGAAAUUGCCAGAAAAAAUGAAAAGCUGUUGUCACUACUGAAAGAUGUAUAUGUUGAUUCCAAAGAUCCUGCGUCAUCCCUGGCGGCAAAAGAUGCUGAAAUACAGCAAGAGCCAAAGGAAUUCAGAUUGCCAAAAGGCCAUCACUUCGGUAUGGAUAUUAAGAACAUUCCCAAGGGCAAAAUUUCCAUUGUAGAGGCCUUGACACUUCUCAAUAAUCAUAAACUUUACCCAGAAACAUGGACUGCUGAGAAAAUAGCACAAGAAUACCACUUAAAACUGGAAGAUGUAAAUGCACUUCUCAAGUACUUUGUUACUUUUGAAGUCAAGACACUUCCUCCUGGAAAUAACAAAGCAAUAGACUCGAAAUGAAGAAAAUCAUGAAAUUACUUUGCUUAUAUAUAUGUCUCAUCCCCUGGUCCUGUUUAUUUCCUCAUUUUUAGCAUAUUAAAUUAUAGAAAUUACUGAGUGUGUAAUUCCAGUACUAUUUAUUGAUCUCUGUUGACUUUUUAGGUUGCUAAUAGUAUUUUAUUUUUUUAAAUCUUUAAUUUGGUUUAGGCAUAGUUCCUGUGUAUAUGUUAGUAUGACUAAUCAUACCGCUAAAUUUAUUGUAAAUGAGAGGAAUAAUGUAUUAUUUUGGGCACACGAUAACACUUUAAAUGUUAAAUGUUUUUAAAAGCCACAUGACUUUUGGUUCAAGAGAGUAGUUCUUUUAUUUAAAAAAAUGAAAGCACUCUAUAAUCAGUAUAAACUUCUAUUUUAAAACUGUAAAUCACUUAAAACCAUUUUGCUAUAUGUAAAGAAAAUAUCAGUACUUGAAUCACCAGUACUGCAGUUUCUGAGCCAUCUACAUUAUGUGGUUAAGAACCUGUGAAUAUGGCUUCUAUUACAUGGUGUCACACAAUAAAGUACUUCCUGUGUCGUCCUUUAGCUUCA